AGCAUCAUCAGCAUCAGUACUGGAUCAUCAGCAUUAGAAGCAUCAGCAUCAUCAUUACUGUGAGCAGCAUCAGCAUCAGUGAUGUGAGAAGCAUCAUCUUUGGGAGCAACAUGAGUAAUGAACAGCAUCAGGAGCACCAGCAGCAUCAUUACUUUGAUCAGCAUCAGUGAUGUGAGCAGCAUCAGCAGCAUCAUUACUGUGAGCAGCAUCAGUGAUGUGAGCAGUAUCAGCAUCAGUGAUGUGAACAGCUUCAGGAGCAUCAUUACUGUGAGCACCGAGCAGCAUCAGCAUCAGUGAUGUGAGCAUCAGUACUGUGGGCAGCACUCAUCCGCCGCGCGCUCCUCUCCUCAGCUCUCGAGUUUCACUGAAGCAACAGCAGGGCUCUGUUGCUGCACUAUCACAUCUAAUCUGCGAUUGUCUUCGUCUUGUUUCAUGAAUGGAUAUCUCUGUUUUUCGACAACCCAUUUGAUUCCUUCACACUGAACUCUCCUCGUUCUUUUCGAUACUGAUUCAGACCUAGAGAUGUCACUCUGUGAAGAAGUCGGACAAGCAUAGACCACACUUUUUUUAGGUCACUUGUUGGACUUCCCAAGAGUUCUGCUUCAUUCCAACUGAGGCUUGUAAAGAUCAAGGUGUUUUCUUCUUCAUAUUGACCCUUUUGUCUGGCAUAUCCGGGCUGGUCCUGUACGCUGCACUCCCCGUCAGGAUGAGUGACUUACUGGAAGCGACGUCCCCGGUGGCGGGCAUAGGAGGACCCGUUGCUUGCGUGUCCAAAGUAGAGUUGCGUGUAUCCUGCAAAUCCCUGUUGGACCGAGACACACUGAACAAGUCGGACCCGUGCGUCAUGCUCAUGGUACAGAAUCAGGGCCAGUGGACGGAACUGGAGCGUACGGAGGUGAUCAAGAGCAAUCUGAAUCCAGUCUUUGCCAAAGUCUUAAUGCUGGAUUAUUAUUUCGAGGAAGUUCAGAAACUGCGCUUCGAGGUCUAUGACAUUCACGGAACCCACAGUAUUGGAACCCGUGAUGAUGACUUUUUGGGUGGUGUGGAGUGCACGCUUGGACAGAUAGUGGCCCAAAAGAAGAUGGUGAAACCUCUUCUGCUGAAAUAUGGAAAAUAUGCAGGAAAAUCCACAAUCACAAUUCAUGCAGAAGAGAUAUCUGGGAACAAUGGCUACGUCGAGCUUUCCUUUUGUGCCAAGAAGCUGGAUGAUAAGGAUCUCUUCAGCAAGUCAGAUCCGUUCUUAGAGAUUUACCGAAUUAAUGACGAUGGAACAGAACAGCUUGUACACAGAACUGAAGUGAUCAAAAACAAUCUGAACCCAGUGUGGGAGCCAUUCAAAGUGUCCCUCAUUUCUCUCUGUAGCUGUGAUGAUGAAAGGAAGUUAAAGUGUUUAGUCUGGGAUUAUGACUCCAGGGGGAAGCAUGACUUCAUCGGGGAAUUCUACACCAAUUUCAAGGAAAUGCAGAAGAUUUCCUCUGGUAAUAAGGUCACGUGGGAGUGCAUCAAUCCAAAAUACAAGCUGAAGAAAAAGAAUUACAAGAACUCGGGGUUGGUUAUUCUCAGCGAUCUCAAGCUUCACAGAGUCUAUUCCUUCCUGGACUACAUCAUGGGAGGCUGCCAAAUACACUUCACAGUUGCCAUUGACUUCACAGCGUCUAAUGGAGAUCCUCGCAAUAGCUGUUCCCUUCACUACAUCAACCCAUAUCAGCCAAAUGAGUAUCUGAAAGCUUUGAUAGCCGUGGGGGAGAUCUGCCAGGACUAUGACAGUGACAAACGAUUCUCUGCUUUGGGUUUUGGGGCAAGAAUUCCUCCUAACUAUGAGGUGUCCCAUGACUUUGCCAUCAAUUUCAACCCGGAGGACGAUGAAUGUGAAGAGAUCCAGGGGGUCGUGGAAGCCUAUCAAAACUGCCUCCCUAAGAUCCAGCUGUACGGUCCUACUAACGUGGCUCCCAUCAUCAACAGAAUAGCAAAACUAGCCGCUGGGAAAGAACCCAUCAAAGACGCUUCUCGAUAUCAUAUCCUGCUGAUCCUGACAGAUGGGGUGGUAACAGAUAUGGCCGACACGCGGGAUGCCAUCGUAAGGGCGUCUUACCAGCCCAUGUCUAUCAUCAUUGUGGGAGUGGGGAACGCAGACUUCACGGAUAUGGAGAUUCUUGAUGGGGAUGAUGGAGUCCUGCGUUCACCCAAAGGAGAACCCGUCUUGAGAGACAUUGUACAGUUUGUGCCCUUCAGAGAUUUUAAAACGGCUUCACCGGCAGCUCUUGCGAAGUGUGUCCUAGCAGAGGUGCCUAAACAGGUAGUGGAGUACUUUAGUCACAAGGCGAUACCGCCAAUUAACCCAGUGCUGAAUUCUGCCCCCAACUCCAUCCCCAGCACACCCGAAUAACACUUAAACUACCCCAUGAAGCCCUGUGUACCUAUACAGUACUGGAUAAAGGAAGCUGGGACAGGGCUACAGUACCUGACCGGCGGUACAGUUCACAUUUUCUCCUAUUUUUUGGAUCUCGGUGCCCUUGACAUCAACAGCUCGCCCAGCAUGCAAACUGGAGGCCUUGUCUAUCUGCCCAUGUAAGAUUCUUUAAAGAGCCGAAAAGUACAAAGAAUUCCCACCAGGACCACAGGCUCUCUGUUCCCUGCUGGCUUUUUACAGAUGCCCGGUGCAGUUUGGGACUUUGCUUUGCCUGCCUGUGUUUGCUUUUCAUUUCUGGACUCUUGGAGGAGCAUGUGUGUUGACUAUGAAAGAAUGGGUUUUGCUGGAAAGAUAAACAUAAUUCACCGUUAAACUCAUCUUAAUGUAUAGAUAUGGGGUGAGGAGUUGUAUUAAUAUUUGAACUAUUGAUAUGAGCUUAAUUUCUUAUCUCCCUGCUGAUAAAACAGCUCGAAUGUCCAUGUUGGUUCAGGCAGCUUUAUGGUGAUCAUUGCCAGUCAAGCUGCCAACUAACUGGUUUUACUGGUGAAGCUGAUAAACAGUGAGGUUUGCUUGUAACCUAUAACUAAGAAACAAAGUGUGGAGCUGGUUACCAACAUGUAUUUUGGCUUCAAACUCGAACCAAAUUAAUGCUUUAAACAACCUGAUUUGAAAAAAGUAAAGCUAUCUGGAUAAAAUCUACUUAUUAUUGUUAGGGUUAGGAUGUUUUACCCAGAUUAAAGGAAUACUCUGGCGAAAAAUUUAAAAUACCCCAUGAUUUACUCACCCCCAAGCCAUCCUCGAUGUACAUGACUAUCUUUUUUCAGGCACAAUCAGAGUUUUAUUAGAAAAUGUCCUGGCUCUUCCAAGCUUUAUAGCUGUAGUAAACAGAUACCAGGUGCAUCCAAAAAAGUGCAUCCAUCUUUUGGGUCUUUUGAGGGAAAUUGAUCAAAUUUUGUAAGAAAAAUAUCCAUAUUUAAGAUAUAAUAACUAGCUUCCUGUCUCAGCCUGGAGUGCAUUUUCUGAACCACAUCAUAACUCGCUGCUGAACCACCAUAGUACGAUGCAUAGUUGGAGAAACUAACAACCUAGUCAAGACUGUUUCCCGAAAACAUAACUUCAUCGCACAUUCGUUAUUUGAACCAUGUUGGUUCAACAACAUAGUUGAUGUCGUCACGUGGGAGGUGGAGUACUAAUUAAUCUGUUCAAAUCGUUUUUUAGCACGAUGCUAAUGGUCUAAUCAGAUUCAAUGGAUUAUGCUAAGCUAUGCUAAAAGUGGUAGCACCAGACCCGGAGAUCAGCUGAAAUCAGUUGCAAUUUCCUAGGCAGAUAUGGGCAACCUACUGAAAAAUCCAGCUUAGACCAGCAUAAGCUGGUGAGCUGGUUUUAGCUGGUCUCAAAGCUUGAUUUUAGCUGGUUUUGCUGGUGUAGCAAGCUGGUUUUGCUGGUGUAGCAAGCUGGUCUAGCUGGACUUAGCUGGUCAGGCUGGAAGACCAGCUUAUCCACCAACAUGACCAGCUUUGCCAGACUGGGAGGAACAGCUUAAACCAGCUAGUGCCAUCUUAAACCAGCUACCAGCUUAUGCUGGUCUUAGCUGGAUUUUUCAGUAGGGCUGUUUCUAAAUGUCAAGGAAGGAUCCUCUGAAGAUGCUACGUCAUUGACAUCCUUCGAAGGACUGUUCCAAUGUCGAGGAUCCUCGGAAAUGCAACCAAGGACUGAGUCCUUCGUUCGAAAAAUAUCCCAUAUACAGGAAAAGAUGCAUAUGUGUAUCCUUCGCGCUCUCAAACCACCCACAAUCCCAUGCGCGGAGCGCCAAAAGCAUACAUUUUUACUGACGUAAUGAUGCAAUGACGUGCACUUGCUAGCCUGUUCCAUUACAUAUUCUACAAAUUUUAAAGUGGAGCCUCACAUAGCUUCUGAAGGAAGUGACUUGUAAGGACUAGGCCUGCCAAGGAAGUAUCCUUGACAUUUAGGAACAGCCAUGGACUCUCAUUCUGGCGUAAUAAUCAAGGACUUUGCUGCCGUAACAUGGCUGCAGAAGGCGCAAUGAUAUUACGCACUGCCCGAAAAUAGUCCCCUUGGUAACUUUCAAUAGCAGGGGACUAUUCUUCGUUUAAUGACGGGUAGUAUCAACGUUAAGGUGCAUUAUCGCCACCUAACUCGCUCUCGUCAUCUAACACCAGCCUUAUCAGAGUAUAAAAGCCACUCCAACACAGUAUGUGGCAAUAAAGCUCCUUAACGUUGGUGCUGCCUGCCAUUAUAUGAUAUAGAAGCUCCAUGAAAGCACAUUGCCCGAUACCGGAAGCUAGUUAUUAUGAUUCAUGAAGUUUUAAAUAUGGAUAUUUUUAUACAAAAAUGCUUAAUACAUUUUGAUAUAUAUAUAUAGAAUAUAUACAUUUUGCAUCAGUAGACUGAAAACAAUCUAGCCAUGUCAUAUACGGGUGGCUUGUGCAUGAACACAAAUACUAAUAUUGUAUAUGUACAUAACAAACAAAAAUGGUUAUAUUUACACAUUUCUCUCAUAUUUUACUGGAUAAAACAGUGAGAACAAUCACAAUUUUUAACUUCCUAAUAGCCAUGGGUUCGUUCUUAUAAAUGGAAAUUCAAUUAUACGGUAAAAAAAACGAAAUUUCCUACUAAAUUGCAACCUUUUAUACAAUAAAAAACAGAAACAGACUUCAGGUAAUCAUGCAGUGUGUAUUUAUUGUACAGUUUUUUUUUUCAAAUAGUUCCUUUAACAUGAAAACUGUGGAAAUGUAAUAUGCUUAUAAUGUACUUUAUUUCGGGAAAAUUAUAGGAAAAUGAUUGUACAUUUUGCUAUGAACCCUGUACCACCCCUGGGUAAAAUGAACGGUUUAGUUAGUUACCCAUUAAAAUAUGCCACAUGUUAUGCCAUUUAUGGUUUUGAGCAUGGGAUUAUCUUGCUUUUCAGACUAUGGGACAGCUUUAAAAUGAAAAGUGUCAUAUGCAUGUUGACGUCUCCAUUGAUGUGCUUCGUAUAUAUUCUAUUCAAGCGCAUGAAUGGACAGCAUUCUGCUCUCUCCAUCUGCAGUAAAUGCAGAACAUACGUACAUGCCAGUACUGCAUCAAUGCUUAUCAUUCAGUUGUGAUCUGAUUAAGUAAACAAGGGUUGCCAGAAUUUGAUUUCUCACCUAAAAUGUCUUUCUACUGUACAUCUAGCCUAUUUGACUUUUGCAGAGCGCUGUGAUCUUGUGCAUUGCAUUUUUGUUAAUUUGUCGUUUUCCUGUUUGCUUAUUUUUUUUCCGAAUGAACUACAUUGCAUGUUCAGUGUAUCCUGGGGUAAACGCUGAAACUGUUCCGUCUUGUUUGGAGGAGAUGUUUCUUCAUGCACACGAACAGAAGAACAGAGCGUGCUUGGAACGUCACGUGGAUCAUCAACACUGUGGUAUUUUCUUUCUUGGUGAGAUCAUUACCAGUUUUCUGGUGGAACAAAGCUUUAUAUUCAGACACCUGAGUCAUUAAGCUACAUUACGUCUGCUUCAAGACAUCGUGGAGAAAGUCAGCUGCAUAACAUCAAGGACAAAAUGGACGGAUUAUUUUGCCCAGAAAUAAAUCCUUAUUAAAUUAUUGCACUUUACUGCCUAAGCCACUGUAUUGCAAGAGGAAUCAUUUCAGCAUUUAACCCUGUUUAGUCUAACCUGUUUCAGCAAUGUGUUUUGAUUUGGAUCUCUUUCGAAAGCUGUGAUUUAUUGCAUGCACUUCUCUGUGUUGAUAUGUACCUGUCUGAUUUUCAGUGUUUCAUUGAAAGCGAGUCUGCCGUUGCACCAGCCCUGUAGUCUUGACUCAUAAUUCUGCAUCAACAUUAAUAAAUUAUUUAAUAAUUUGA